AUGUAUUACCAAGACCUUGCUAGAUACAUUUUCCCUGUCAGUUUUCUUGCCACACUCCUGAAUCCUGAUUCAGUCUACCGGCAUCUCCAGAGGCGUUACGAUGAACACGUUUCCCUUGGUAGAGGUAUAUUGGCCAUGUACUCUCCAAGUGCCUCUCCUGACUUAUGUCCGGCUGAGUCUUGGUAUGUGGGUUACAGCGAAAAGGUGUGCCCUACGCUGGCGAAAUAUGUCCGGAUUUUCCUUAUUGCCAAGUGUGUCCAAGAUCUCGACAGCCAGGCUUUCCAGUCGCCGAUUCCUUUCCAACUCCUGGUUUUGGGCACCGGAGUAGGGCUGGUUUUCGCCCUCCUUGCAGUUUUCUCAUUGUGGAGGAACAAGAAGAAAGUGAGUCCUAGCGACGCUAGACCUCAGAAGAAGAAAGUGAGUCCUAGCGACGCUAGACCUCAGAUGGUGGAAACCGCAAAGCUCAGAUUUACCUACGACCGCAGUUUUCUCCUUUCAUUGCAGUUCACACCGAUCUGCCUUGUGAGGCCCGAGUCCCUUCCCAAUUUGGAGGUGGUUUUAAACCGUCCUCAUACAAUCAUGCAAUCCCUCCCGACAGAGGUUAAGCUCAAGACUUCGCAGAAUGCUUGGAAGCCCUCUGCGAAGAAGGCCAACGUUGAAGACGAGGCUGCCAAGACGGCUGAGUUGGUGAAGAAAGUGAGGGCUAUCUUAAAUAAACUAACGCCAGAGAAAUUCGGAAAACUCUCUGCACAGGUCACGGAGCUCCCCAUUGACAACGCCGAAAAACAGAAAGCCGUCAUUGAUAUUAUUUUCGAGAAAGCUAUCGAUGAGCAGACUUAUUCCGCAACAUACGCUCAGCUGUGCGACGUUCUCUCCCGGAUGCCUGUCCAGGAGGACGCCAGCAACGGCGAUGCCUCGGAAGUCGCCUUCAAAAGGCUGAUGGUCAGGAAGUGCCAGACCGAAUUUCAGAGUAACAACAUGGAGGAAUUCCUGGUCAGGAAGGAGAAGGAAUUGAGCGAGUGCACUGACCCCGCGCAGAAGGAAAAUCUGAAGGUAGAGUUGGAUUAUCAGGAGACUAAGCUCAAGAAGAGGUCCGUCGGAAACCUCAAAUUUAUCGGUGAGCUCUACAAGCUGGACAUCUUGACUAUGCCAACAAUGAUGCUCAUUGUCUCCACGCUCCUGAAGAAGAGAGGCACACUGUCCCUUGAGUGCCUCUGCAAACUUCUAACAACAAUCGGCAGCCAUUUGGAAGCUGACUGCGAAUUAGAUCCAAGCAGAAAGAAGGAACUGGACUUCUAUUUCGCGGACAUGGACACAAUCGUAAAGGAGCGCCAGUGUGAAAGCCGCAUCAGGUUCCUCAUAAUGGACGUCAUUGACCUGAGGCAAAGGAACUGGGUGCCAAAGAGGGCAGAGAACAAGCCUAAGACCAUGGCUGAAGUCCACGAGGAAAUCAAGCAGGAAGAAGUCAAGAUGCAGACGGCCAAACGCUGGAGCAACCUUGAUCACGGCCGCUUCAAUAAAAACAAUCACUGA